AUGAAGUUCUCCGCUGGUAUCCUUCUUGCUCUGGCCUCUACCGGCCUCUCGGCUCCCACUGUCUCUCGCCGUGCUGAUCUCGAUGGUGGCUCAUGUGCCACCGUUGGUGCCGAUGGCAAGAUUCUGUCUCGCUGCGUCGGUUUCGAUGCUGCCAACGCUGCCACUGUCGCUCGCCGUGCCGAGCUUGACGGUGGCUCAUGCGCCACUGUCGAUGCUGAGGGCAAGAUCUUGGCUCGCUGCGUCGGAUUUGACCCCUCCAACGCUGCCACCAUUACCGCCAUUGCUGCCCUCGCUCGCCGUGCCGAUCUAGACGGUGGUUCUUGCGCCACUGUUGAUGCCGAGGGAAAGAUCCUCGCUCGUUGCGGCAAGAUUCUGGCUCGCUGCGUUGGUUUUGAUGCCUCCAACGCUGCUACUGUCACUGCCAUUGCCGCCUUGGCCCGCCGUGCCGAUCUGGAUGGUGGUUCCUGCGCCACUGUCGAUGCUGAGGGCAAGAUUUUGGCCCGCUGCGUUGGCUUUGAUGCCGCCAGUGCCGCUACUGUCGCCCGCCGUGCUGAACUCGACGGUGGUUCAUGCGCCACCGUCGGUGCCGAUGGCAAGGUCCUGGCUCGCUGCGUCGGCUUCGAUGCCGCUAACGCCGCUACUGUCGCAUAA